GAAUCCAACUGACACAUGGGGAAUCUGAGACAUUAGCACAAGUCAUUCCCACGUGUUCUAUUGUUACCAAGCAGACAUCUGCAGGUCUAUUAUCACCACAGCGUCCAGCCUGCAGCUCCUAUUCCUUUAUGAUUGCUCAGGGUGACGAUGAUGAACAUCAGCCUGUAUAUUCAUUGACUCCACUGAAGGAAGUGGAGGAGCCACCUGCACAAGACAGUGACUUUCCUCCAGAUACCUGCAGGACUUCCUCUGCAGAGGCUCCCCUCACUUUGUCUAGUCAUGUUAAUACCAGCUCAGUUGUUGAGCUUGCUACAGUCAUAGUGGACCCAGAUCAGGUGGACAUUCAUGCAUCGACGCCGUCUUAUGAGAUUCACCUAAUAGGUGAAAAGCUGCCGUCAGCUGCCGAGGAGGGAGAAGGAGGGAUGAGGGAGAUGGUAUCGGAGCUGCUGGGAGAGGAUGCAGAUUCCUCCAUCUGCCGCCUCCACCCUGAUGCGUGGAUAAAACUGGGUGUGGAGGACGACUGCAGGGGCUGGUCUGCCUGCCAGGAUAAGAGCCCCACGGGUCCAGAUGGGGAGAAGAUGCCAGAGUGUGUGUCCGAGCUCCAGCCCUCCAUGGCUCUGCUGGGAGCUUACCCCUACAGCACUGUGAUGCCCCACGGGCUGUGUGUGUGGGACUGGCACACAGACUGCACCCAGUCCGAGCCUCUCGCUGGGCCGAGCCUCAACCCUGAAGCUGAGGCAUGGCCCAGCCACAGCUUUGGCAACCCUGACGCUGGCUGUGUCCAGGCUGAGCAGCCGUGGAUGCAGUGCCCUGAUGAACUGGCCAAUCCAGAAGGAUACAUGCCAGAGUUUGAGCUGGAGAACAUGGGCCUGGUAGAGGCUGGAGCGUUUCCACCUGCUGAAGCUGCUCCAGUCAGUGGCGAGUCUAGCGUCACAGAUAACGUCAAAGAGGAGCUGAGGAUGGUUUUGGAGUCGUGUCUGACCAGAGAGCAUCUUAGCAGUGACCUGUACCUCAAAUCCCAGAUGGACAGUGACCAGUACAUUUCCAUCACAACUCUGGCCAGUCUGGACAGGAUCAAGAACCUCAGCACAGACCUGGACGUUAUUACCGACAUUCUGAAAUCUCUGCCACUGGUCCAGGUGGCUUCAUGUGGCCUGAAGGUCCGUCUCCGGCAGAGCCGAUGUGUUCUCAUCCUUCGUGAGAUCCCUAACACCACACCUCUUGAGGAGGUGGAGGCUCUGUUUGAUGGGGAGAAUGUACCCAAGUACCUGAGCUGUGAGUUUGUGGGCAACGACAACUGGUUCAUCACCUUUGAGUCAGAAGCUGAUGCUCAGCAGGCCUACAAGUAUCUGCGUGAGGAGGUUCAGAUGUUCAAGGGAAAGCCAAUCAAGGUGAGGAUAAAGGCCAAAACCAUGGCAGUCGCCUCCUACGCUCCGAAGAACGGCUACACAGCUGAGCUGGACCCUCAGUACGGCUCCUACCUCCAGCCCUGCCCCACACACGGGUACGAGAUGUGGCCCUCCGCCGGCUCAGGAUACGCAGUGUGUGCCGAGCCUCCGUCAGUGAUGAAUGGAUUUCCAGCAGCCUCCCACUUCAGUCCUCACAACCCACACAGGCUGAGAAGAGGCUGCUACAGCAUGCAGCAUGCUACAGAGCAAGCGUCAGCAGACUUCCUGAGCAAACCGGGUCGAGGGCGGACACGAGGCCACGCACGCCGCCUGAACCGAGGUGUGAGAGUGGACCCCAGCAGGCAGCCGGUGCCGCCGCCUGCUGAGCAGGACAGGAGAGGAAACAACAGCCAGAGGAGGAGAGAUGGACCAAGGUCCUGGGACAGAUCUGCUGGAACCAGUCAGAACCCAGCGAGUCGGGCAGCUCCUCGUCAGCCGUCUCCUCCUCUCGAGCUUGGUCUCACCAGCUUCCCUCCUCUUCCUCCAGCGAGUGUCAUAGUAACAGAGAACGAACACGCCGAGCAUCCGGUCAAAGGCAGCGCUACCUGUGACUCAGCACCAGCAGUUUUACAUGGGCCUGACCCAGCUUUGAGCCAGAAUGUGAAGGAGACAAGCAGCGAGGCCCAAGCAGCUCAGCUCACGCAGGAACCGGCCACAGUAAGGCUCUUCAAACCUGAAACCCAGGAGGCCAAGAAGCUGAGCUACGCUGAGGUCUGUCAGGGGGCGUCCUCUGGUGAGCUUCCACCUACCGCCUCCUCAGAGACGGAGCACGACCCCGCCUCUCCAGGCCACCCCUCCAAGCCCAGCUCUGUUGCCGUGGUGACCACAUAGGAUGGCAAGAGUUUUUUUUUGUUUAAGAGUUCUAUAGGCCAAAUUAUUGCCCUGUCUUCAUUCAACAGUCACUGAAUGAGCAGAUGCUUGAUGUGGGCCUAAGUGUCUGGUCUGGAUCCAGGCCCAUGAACCAAUCCCAGCUAACUUUCCAGCUUUAAGAGCCAGAAUCUGGAAAGAUUGUGGAACAGCUGAUCUGCUGCUUCCUCACGUUGUUUUGUGAGAUGGGUUCUACCAGCGCUUCUUUUCCUGCUCUUUAUUUGUGUUUACAGGACGUUCUGACAUGAUUGUGAACAUGUUUUUGGUUUUUUCAUACAUCUGUGUUUUUCUUUAGUCUGCGCUGCUGCUGUGGGCACACAUGAUGCUUUUAUCUAACUGUUGCUACUAACCUGGUUGUAUUGUUGAGGCCUGUGUAUUGAUGAUCCACUGUACUGCUUUUUAUUUCAUUGUUCACAGAUUGUGAACGUUUUUCUGUUUUAUUUUUAUUUAAUUUUUAGUAACUAACAUUUUUAUUUGUUGUUUUACUGCAUUUGUGCAGGAGCAUUUGUUCACCUGGGCAGGAGUCCACACGCAACUCUGUUAAACUUGAAUUUGAUUAUUGAGUCCAAGGUUCUGUUGUAUUAAAAUAACCCAUUUUAGAUGUAAAGCGGUUGCCAUGGAGAGAGAGAGCAGGCACGACUGGCACGUUACGCUGUUUGCACAGAUGUACAUAAUCCUGAACAAAUAUUAAAGAAGUGCCUUUGAA